AUGGGUGCUGUCGAGUACAUUUUUACAAACCUUGGCACUGUUGCCUUGGGUUGUCUGGCUUCGUUCGUUGUAUAUCUGGUUGCUGUAUCUGUCUACAACCUUUACUUCCACCCCCUGGCAAAGUACCCCGGGCCAUUCUUUGCCCGCAUCUCACCAAUCUACAGCAUCUGGGGUCUCUUCCGCGGACGAUGGCCCUUCGACGUGCACCAACUUCAUCUGAAAUAUGGCCCUAUCGUGCGAACCAUGCCCAAUGAGCUUACGUUCACCGACCCGCAAGCCUGGAAAGACAUCUAUGGUCACCGACAGGGUCAUCCCCAAUUCCACAAGGAUCCCAUCCAUGUUGGCUCCGUGCAAGACAUCCCAGGGUCCACGACCCUGACCAUGGCAGGCGACUCCGAUCACUCUCGCCAGCGUCGUGCCCUUUCCCAUGCCUUUAGCCAAAAGGCUCUUCUAGAGCAGGAGAGCAUCAUUAGGGGUUAUGUUGAUCUCCUUAUCGAAAAGAUGAAGCCGUUCGCGGCUACUGGAAAAUCCGCAAAUAUGUGCGAUUGGUUCAAUUUCACCACAUUUGACAUCAUCGGCGAUAUGGCCUUUGGCGAGCCUUUCGGCUGCCUUAGGGAUGGUGUCUUCCACGCGUGGGUCUCUCUCAUCACACAGACCAUCAAGGCUGGCGCCUUUGAGCAGGCUACUCGUCGCAUGUUUAAGACCGGUGGCAUGAUGCAGAAACUACUGUGCACCUUGAUACCAUCCGACCUCCGUUUGAAGCGCUUUCAGCACCUGGAGAUGAGCAAGGAGAAGUGUCUCAAGCGUAUCGAAGAAGGCUUACGAAGAGAACAUCGUGACUUUCUUUACUAUAUCCUCCGACAGAACGAGAAGGGCGGUGUCUCACAGGAUGAAAUUAUCCUCAACUCGGCCCUCUUUAUUGUUGCUGGAUCCGAGACUACCGCCUCGCUUCUCUCUGGUCUCCUCAUGUGGCUCCUUCGCACUCCUCACGCUUACAAGAAACUGACAGAGGAAAUUCGCUCGGCUUUCGAAUCAGCAGAUGAGAUGAACUCGCAGGGCCUGCAGAAUCUACCGUACAUGAAUUCUUGCAUUGACGAGGCCCUGCGCAUCUUCCCCCCUGUACCUACUGGUCUCACCCGGACAGUUCCUGAAAACGGCGAUACUGUCGCAGGCGAGUUCCUCCCCGGUGGUGUCACUGUCUCCUGCCAUAGCUGGGCUGCCACGCAUUCGCCGCACAACUUCCGCAGGCCUGACGAGUUUAUCCCUGAGCGGUGGACCGACGCUGCGUACGCAGAUGAGAACAGGGAGGCUAGCCAGCCAUUUUCUCUGGGACCCCGUGGAUGUAUUGGAAAACACAUGAGCUACCUGGAACUAAGACUCAUUCUAGGGAGCCUGCUGUGGCAUUAUGACGUUGAGAGAGCUGAUCUGGAUGACCCGAAUGCCGUGGAUGUUUGGGAUCCUAGUGGCGAUCUGCAGCAUGUUAAGGCAUUCAAUACGUGGGCUAAACCUACGCUUUACGUUAGAAUUAAGGCAGUUCAGCGAUAA